UCUUUUAAUAUAUUACUUUUCAAUUGAAAUGGAACACAGAUUAAUUAUCUCAAUCCCAUUGACCUUGUUCUUUACAUUAAUAAGAUAAAUGCAGCUAGAAAACCUCACAAACAUCAACCCCAAAUUGCUUUCUCUCUCUCUCUCUAUUAGUGAACCAGUGCCAGUGUAUGGAUAUGCAUCCAGGUGAUGACAUGCUAAUGUCCCGUGGGAAAGAUAACAGCAUGAAGAUGCACAUGAGUCUCUAUUGGGGCAAAGAUGCCAUAGUACUCUUCUCUGGGUGGCCUAAGCACAGUGUUGGCCACUACAUCUUAGCCAUAUUGUUGGUGUUUUUCCUUGCAAUGAUUGCUGAGGUUAUCUCCAACAAGCCCAACAUCAAGCGUGGGACUAAUCCCAUAAUAGGAGGGUUCACUCAAGCAACCUUGUAUGUCUUCCGCAUAAGCUUCCUUUACUUGGUCAUGCUUGCUGUCAUGUCCUUCAACUUGGGAAUCUUCAUAGCUGCUGUCGCUGGCCAUACCUUGGGCUUCUUUUUUGCUAAGUCUCGCGCUCUUGUUCUUGCCAAUAGAGAACAAGGGUCCUCCAUUGCUCAAAAAGUUUAAAAAUUAGGU